CAAAAUGGGCUUUUUGAGUUGCAUCAUUGUAAUAUAAUAUAACCCCUUUGCGACUGAAAUAUCAAAAAAAAGAACUUUCUCUCUCUCUCUCUCUCUCUCUCUCUCUCUCUCUCUCUCUCUCUCCUUCACAAUUGUAUAUAUACACACAAACCCACAUAGUUUCAUGUCUCCUUCUUUUUAUAUAUCAUUGAAGCCAUAUCAAUGGGGAACUGCCUGAGACACGACAAUGGCUUUGCUGGAAAAGAGAAGGACAAUCUCGAACCCGAGCUCCCGGUUGAGUUAUUGGAAGAAGGUAAAGGGAGUAGCGGUGAGGAAGGAGGAAGUGAAAGAUCAACACAAAAAGAGUCUAAGGUGGUGAGGAUCAAAGUAGUGGUGACAAAAGGAGAACUUAGACAAAUCUUGGGCCACAAAAAAGGUACCAAUUCCAUUCAACACUUAGCUCACGUUCUUAAAGAUAGUGGCAGAAACAUCUCCAGGGCUUAUGAAGAAGAAGAAGAACAAGGUGAUGAAAAUUGGAGGCCUACGUUAGAAAGUAUUCCUGAGAAUCAUUAUUGAAAUUAAUCUUAUCAAUAUAUUCAACUAAGAGUCCAGUUUUUCUUACCUUUUCCUAGACGGCUGUUUAUUAUGUUGUCUAUGAUUGCUCCUUUUUAACCAAAGUUGUCUCAGGAACAUUGGUUUUCUUUUCCUUUCCUUGUUUUUUCCCCAGGAUAUUUGGUGCUUUCUGUUUUUGUUAGAGCACUAAUUAACUAUUACAUGUCAUCAUGUGUUGUCUUAUUUAGUUAAUGAAAUGUGACAUUUUAUAUACUUGGUCGAAAGACAGUCUUUUAUGUACAAAGAAGUUUUAAAGUUAUUUUUA